AUGUCCACCAGCGCAAAGGCCAAGACCAAUCCGGUCACAGAGAACACUCUCAAGACUAUUAAUAACCUCAAGGUGAACACUCCACCAUUGUUCACUGAGAUUGUCAGGGCUGCAAACAAGUAUCAGCAGCAGUGUCAGGCAUUGAGCCAGGCUGGUUUCGUGCUUGCCGACACCAUCAACAGACUGACGAUUCACAACCCAGGCGAGUUUGGUGAUGGCAUCAAGAGGCUGUCAGAGGUCAUCAGAGAGAUGGAGACAAAGAGAGAGGAGGUCUCGAGGACAUUGUUGAGUGAUCUGAUCACACCAUGUAAACAAGCAAUCGACACUGAUCUUAAAGAUGUUAUUACAUUCGAGAAGAACUUUAAGAGAGACAAGGAGAACAUGAGACAAGAGAUCUUGAAGCUCGAGGCUAGAACCAGAAAGGCAGGCAAGAAGACCACUGCUGAGGUCCUCAAACAGCAAAUUACAGAGUUGAAUGACAAGAUCAAGGAAUCGGAACAACUCAACUCCAACAAGCUAAAGGAUGUUGUGUUGAUGGAGAGGAAGAAGAUGGCCACCUUUUUAUCACAGUUCAAUCAGUUCUUGGACAAGGAGCUCGAACUCUACACUGAGAACUCGAGCCGACUGACCACCGGAUUGCAGACGUGGCGCGACCUGAUCAACGUCCAGGGCCAGCUGCCCACGGACGUCGAGUCGAUGAUCAGCAAACAGGAGAGGACGCUGGUGCAGAUCCAGCCACAGGCGGACAACAGCGACAGCUACCGCAUCUCCUACGCCCCCGGCAAGAUGCAGAGCAGCGGCGGCGCCACCUCGUACGCUGAAUCAUACGAGUCCUACGACUCUUACGACAACUAUGACAGCUACAACAACUACGACAGCAACUACUCGGCGAGCAAUGAGUACAGCGGCGCCACAGAGGUCCAAGCCCGAGCACUAUACGACUACAACAGCCAGGAGUCAACCGAUUUGAACCUGACUGCCGGCGCCAUCAUCUCCAUCAUUCAACAAGACGAUGGCUCUGGUUGGACCAAGGGUCGUGAUGCGAAUGGCAACGAAGGAAUCUUCCCAUCCUCCUACAUUGAAUAUUUAAGCUAUUAA